AUGCUUCAGCCCCCAGAACAGGUUGAAGUUGAGCAACCCGCACCAAUUAAAGAUGAAGCCAUAAAACAAGAUGUUGUGGAAAGAAGUCAGGCCAAGAUGAGCAAGGCGUCAGGCGCUACAACUACCACUAUCGAUUGGACCCCUAGUGAGGAUUUGGAUCUUUCGAAUAUUAAGACCAAGCCUCCACCAAGACAAUCAGUUGAUCCUACCUAUAGAGGAUGGAAAGAGGUAGGGAAUUACGAAGAGAAGGAUGCAUUGACGGAAGAAGACGAAGCGACCGACUUGUUGUCUCACAGCUCUUUUUUUGAUACGUACUUGCCAGCAGCAGCGUACGGUGACUGGUACCACAAUGUUGGGUUCUUGAUACUUGGGGGUGCGUUAUCGUGGAUAGUAGGGUGGUUCAGAUUCACUCUUGCGCCAGUUUUCUUCAUAAUGGUUGUUUUUGCUAUUUUGUACCGUAGUUCUAUCAAAAAAUAUAGAACGCUUUUGAGAGAAGAAGCGCAAAGAGAAUUUUCGAUCAAGUCAAUUGAGGAUGAUUAUGAAACUAUGGACUGGUGUAAUGUUUUCUUGGAAAAAUUCUGGUACUUUUUGGAACCUUCCGUUUCACAGAUUGUCUGUGAGCAAGUCAAUCCAAUUUUAGCGGCAUCUCCUGCUCCAGCUUUCAUCAAGGCCUUAUGGAUUGAUAGUUUCACAGCUGGUACAAAGCCUCCACGUAUUGAUUGUGCUAAGACUUUGCCAGGUACCGAUAGUGAUGUUGUUGUCAUGGAUUGGGGUUGUUCUUUUACCCCUAAUGCGUUGGCUGAUUCCAACAAUAAACAAUUAAAGAAUAGAGUAAAUCAAAAAGUUAUUGUUAAGGCCAAUUUAUUUGGUAUUGAGAUUCCAGUAGCUGUGUCUGAUGUUUCAUUCAAAGUAUUUCUUAGAAUUAGAAUGAGAAUGAUGUCCUCAUUUCCUCAUAUUGAAACCGUUAAUGUUUCUUUAUUAGAACCACCUCAAUUUGACUUCAACUGCAAGCCUUUCGGUGACACUAUUUUCAACUGGGAAGUUUUAGCUAUGCCGGGUUUAUUGCCGUUUAUUCAUCAAAUGAUCAAGAAGUAUGCUGGUCCUAUGGUUUUCUCGCCAUUAUCAUUCCAAUUAAAUGUUCAGCAAUUGUUGGCUGGUAAUGGUUUAGAUUCUGCCAUUGGUGUUUUAGCUAUUUCAGCGCAUUCUGCUAGAGGAUUAAAGGGCUUUAAUUAUCUUGGUAGCACUUUAGACCCUUACUUAACAUUUGGUUUCCAAAAGAAAGUUUUGGCCCAAACCUCAGUUAAGGAAAAUACAUCCAGACCUGUAUGGGACGAAACGGUUUAUAUUCCAAUUAAGUCAUUAUCUGAACCUUUGUCUAUUGCAGUAAUUGACUACAAUGAUAUUAGAAAAGACAAGCAAGUUGGUACUAUUCAAUUUGAUUUAGAAGCUUUGCGUGAAAACCCUGAACAGCACAAUCUUUCAGGCGCUUUUGUUAGAAAUAACAAACCUGUUGGUGAAUUACAAUUCGGUAUGCACUUCAUGCCUACUCUUGAACCUGAACAACAAGCUGAUGGUGCAAUUGUCCCACCUCCUGACUUAAAUACUGGUAUUGCAAGAAUUGAAGUUUCAGGCGCAAGACACUUAAAGACUAAAGAAAAGGCUGCAUCUACUUAUGUUGAGUUAUACUAUAAUAAAGACUUAUUGGUUAAGACUCCUGUUCAAAAGAAAACUAAUGAUCCAGCAUGGAAUGCAUCACAUGAAAAGAUUGUUGAUAACCGUGCUAAGUCUAAGGUCAAGGUUGUAGUGAAGAAUGAUAAAUCUAAAAAGACUUUAGGAACUGUUUUCGUAACAUUGAAUGAACUUAUUGAUGCUACUCAAGUUCAAGAAAGUUGGUUCCCAUUAUCAAAUGGAGGUGAAGUUCAUAUCCUGGCAACUUGGAAGUCUGUCGCAUUAACUGAUGCCAGUGGUGCCGGUGGUUACACUCCUCCAAAGGGAGUUGUCAGAAUUAGUAUUGAUAGAGCUGAAGAUUUACGUAACUUAGAAAGAAUUGGUAAGGUUGAUCCAUACGCUAGGGUCAUGGUCAAUGGUUUCCAGAGAUGUAGAACUGCAGCUGCCGAUUCUACAUUGAAUCCAACAUGGAACGAAAUUCAUUAUGUAACUGUUUCUUCAGCAAAUCAAAAAUUAACUCUUGAAGUUAUGGAUGUUGAAUCACGUUCUCCUGAUCGUACCUUGGGAUCUUUUGAUGUUAAAUUGAAUGACAUUGUUAGUAAGAAUGAGAAGGGUGAAUAUAUUGAAUAUGUUGAUACUGAGAAGAGAGAAUCAAAAUUGAUUCAUAAGAGUGGUCCUAAAGGUACUCUUACUUAUUCCUUAUCUUUCUAUCCUACAUUACCUGUGAUGUCCUUAGAAGAUAUUAAGGAAGAAGAGGCUGAUGCUGAAGAAGCUAGAAAGGAAGCCGAAGAAAAAGCUGCCAAGGCCGCUGGCGAAGGUGAUAAGACCAAGGUAGAAGAAGCGGAUGUCGAAGAGAAGAAUACUGAUGACAGCGCUACUGAUGAGGAAAAUGAAGCAGAAGAUGAAGAAAGUGUCAGAGCAGCCAAAUUAAGAUUAUCUUUAGAGGAGUUAGUCGAAUAUAAAAGUGGUGUCCUUAUCUACGAGGUUAUUGAAGGUUCCGUUGGCAAAGAUGGCGUUUACAUGCAAGCCUUCUUCGACAAUCAUGGCUACAAUGAUUACAUUACUCCGAAAUUAUCAAGGAAAGAUAAGAAGAUUGGUACUACUGGUGAUGUCGUCAUUAAGGAAUUAGAUGAGUCUCAAGCUUAUUUCAGAUUAACUAAAGAUAAGGAAGAUAAUAGGGCUGAAAAGGUACUUGCUGAGCUUAAUAUCCCUACUGUAGAAUUAUUAAGAAACGCAUAUAAUGCUCCAUACACCAUCAAUAUUGACGGUGCUGCAAAUGGCUCUUUCAAGAUUCAAUGCUCUUGGAUCCCAGUUAUUUACCAAACUGCAAUUCCUCCGCAAGAUUCUCACAAUAACUCGGGUGUUGUUACUAUUGAGGUCAGCAACGCCGAGAAUUUGAUUUCUGCCGACAGAAACGGUAAGUCAGACCCAUACGUCGCAUUGUACUUGAACACAGACAAAGAAAGUUUCUUGAAGACUAAGAAGAUAAAGAGAACUCUCGAUCCUGUUUGGAAUGAAAGCGGAAGUACUAAGGUAGCUAACUUCUACGAUUCUGUUGUCAAGGUUGUUUGUAACGAUUGGGAUAUUGGUCCUGAAAAGGAUGAUCUUUUGGGUAUCGGUUACAUCAAUUUAUCCGAAAUUUACGAAAACAAUGGCGAAACCACAGAAUUCACCUGUCCAUUGACUACCGAAGAAGGUGGUGAUGGUGGUACUGUUUACCUUAAGGGUUCUUUCAAGCCAGAGUUGGUCUUAAACGUUUUACCAUCAGAUGCUUCGAACAUUGGUGAUGCCUUUGGUACUGUCGGUAAAGGUGUCGGCGGUGUUGGAAAAGGUAUUGGAAAAGGUGUAGGUGGUGUCGGAAAGGGUGUCGGCAAGGGUGUUGGUGGUGUCGGUAAGGUAUUCAAGAAAGGGUUACAUUUAGGUAAGUCCGAUGAUGCUUGA